AUGAAGGUGUAUGUCGCAUUGUCUCUGGCCUUGACUGCCGCUGCGCAAAUCAACGCGACGCAGCUCCCAUUUCCUGCCACGUCCACCGGCGAUCGUCUUGUCACCUACAAUGAGACGACACCAUACGCCCGCCUGGCGCCGAGGAGAACGGCCGUGACCUGGACUCCCGCUGCCGGCAAGGAUGGCCAGUACGUCUCUAAGAACAGCAACGGCGACCUCGUCCGGCAGGACAUUGUCACUGGCAACUCGACCGUCUUGCUGAGGAAGAGCCAGAUCCCCAGCGACGGGGCGUACAAGAUCAGCGCCGAUGAGCGCACUGUCCUGUUCGCUAGCAACUCCACGCCAGAGUACCGCUACUCCGUCCUGGCCGACUACACCAUCGUCGACACGGCCACGGGCGCCUCUCGUCCUCUGAUCGAGGGUCAGGCCGGCGAUGUGCAGUUUGCCCAGUUCUCGCCCACCGGGAACUCCAUCGCCUUUGUCCGCGGCAACGAUCUAUUCGUCCGCGACGUCAACGGCACCGUGCAUCGCAUCACCACCGACGGCGGCCCCGACCAGUUCAACGCCGUGCCGGACUGGGUCUACCAGGAAGAGGUGCUGUCGGGCGCUUCCGCCUUCUGGUACUCGCCCGACGGCCGGUUCAUCGCCUUCCUCAGCUUCAACGAGACGGGCGUCGGCACCUUUACCGUCCCGUACUACAUGGACAGCCAGAAAGUCGCGCCCGUCUAUCCCAAGGAAUUGAAGCUGCGGUACCCCAAGGUCGGCACGACGAACCCUCGUGUCAGCCUGCACCUGCUCAACGUCGAGACAAAGGAGACCACGAACAUCCCCGUCGAUGCGUUUGGCGAUGAGACCAUCAUUGGCGAGGUCGCAUGGGUCACAAAGACGCACACAAAGUUCAUCUACCGCGCCUUCAACCGGGUGCAGGACCUGGAGAAGCACAUCACUGUCGACACCAGGACGGGCGAGUCCAAGGUCGUUCGCCAGCGCGACGGCACGGACGGCUGGUUCGAGAAUGACCGGACUAUUCAAUACGCCGGAAGCCUCAAGGGUGACUGCAAUGCCACCUACUACGUUGACACCUCGGACGAGUCUGGAUGGACGCACCUCUAUCUGUAUCCCGUCAACGGCGGCGAGGCCAUUCAGCUGACGUCCGGGGACUGGGAUGUCCGAAGCAUCGUCAAGGUCGACACGAAGCGCAAGCGAGUCGCGUUUCUGGCUUCCAAGCGCCACAGCACGGAGCGCCACCUGUACAGCGUCUCGUGGGAUACUCUGAAGACGACGCCCCUAGUUGACGAGUCCCAGCCUGCUUAUUACGGAGCCUCGUUUUCCACCGGCGGGGGAUACUACAUCCUGUCCUAUCAAGGGCCCGAGAUUCCGUACCAGCAGCUCGUCUCAGUCAACAGCACCACGCCGCUUCGCACCCUGCAGAGCAACGAGGAGUACUACAAGGCGACGCAGCCGUACAAGCUGCUCAACACGACCUGGUUUGAGCUGCAGCACCCGGAUGGCUUCACCCUCAACGUUCGACAGACGCUGCCCGCCAACUUUGAUCCGAGCAAAAAGUAUCCAGUGCUGUUCAACCCCUACGGAGGACCCAACUCGCAGUCCGUCACCAAGGCAUAUGCCGGUCUCGGCUGGACCGCGUACAUUGGGUCCGAUCCCGAGCUGGAGUACAUCACCUACAUCGUCGACAACCGCGGCACGGCCGGCAAGGGCCGCAAGUUCCGGAGCGCCGUGACGCGGCAGCUCGGCUCGCUGGAGGCGCAGGACCAGAUCUGGGCGGCCCGCGAGCUCGCCUCCCGCUUCUCCUACAUCAAUGCCAACAAGUUCGGCAUGUGGGGAUGGUCCUUUGGCGGCUAUCUGACGGCCAAGGUGGUCGAGGCCGACUCCGGGGCCUUUUCCUUUGGCUUGAUCACGGCGCCGGUGACGGACUGGCGGCUGUACGACUCCAUCUACACGGAGCGGUACAUGAAGCGGCUGGAGGAGAACGAGGCGGGCUACAACCACACGGCGGUUCGCAACGUAAACGGCUUCAAGAAUGUCGCGGGCGGCGUGGCCAUUAUGCACGGCACCGGCGACGACAACGUGCACUACCAGAACGCAGCGGCGCUGGUCGACCUGCUGGUGGGCGGCGGCGUGUCGCCGGCCAAGGUCCGGGUGGUGCCGUUCACGGACAGCGAUCACGGAAUCUCGUACAACGGAGCGUCGACCUACCUGUACAAGUUCCUGACGGCCAGGCUGUGGGACGAGGUGCAGCGCAAGGAUGAGGGACUGGUGCACCAAUGGAGUCGGCGCUCCAAGGCGUGA